AUGGCGUCCGAUACCAAGCCUGACCAGUACGCAGCCCCAGUAGCACCCACACCAGAGGAGCUAGCGGCUCUGCCUCAUGACAAUGCCGGACCCAAACUCAACGCUAUCGUUUGGGCUCUGACGGGAGUUUCCGGCCUUGUCCUUGGCCUCCGCAUUUAUUGCAGGCUUCUCCGCCGAAAGGGGCUUUGGUGGGACGAUGCAUUUCUCAUCGCGGCUUGGCUCUGCAUCACGGUGGAGUCGGCCAUGCUCACGGCAUGCACCAAUCUAGGGUAUGGCCUUCAUAUCUGGGACUUCGACCUCACGAACAUGGCCCCUCUGCUGGUCCUCAUCAACGUGGCCGGGACCUUCUCCGUCACGGCUGCCAUCUGGUCCAAGACGAGCUUUGGCAUCACGCUGCUCAAGCUGUCCGACGGCUGGGCCAAGAAGGCAGUGUGGUUCAUCCUCGUAUCCAUGAACAUUGCCAUGGGCCUCAGCGCCCUGUUCCCUUGGGUAAACUGCACACCCUUCAUUUGGGGUUUACAAAUGAAGAAGAAGGAGCGGAUUGGUGUCGGCAUUGCCAUGAGCAUGGGGGUUUUCGCUGGCAUCACAGGCCUGGUAAAAGUCAGCAAGAUUCCCAGAAUGCUGUCCGGUGAUUUUGCCGAUGGUGUCGAUCUGUGGCUUUGGGGCAAUGCCGAGACAACUGUCACGAUAAUCGCCGCCAGCAUACCAAUGCUCCGAGUCAUGAUACGCGAUGCUACCGGGUCUCAGCAGGCGUACGGAUCGAGUGGCUAUCACAAGGAUCAGGCUUCGAGCUCAAACAAGCACAACUCGCGGGUCGUGACAAUCUCGAGCGGGCCCAUGUCCAGCGACACGAACAUGGUGAAGGCGAGCAAUGACGACGACAGCGAUUCAGGGAUACUUGGCGAGAUGAACCAAGAAUCGCUUAAAAUGGGUCGAAUACUGAGGACGCGCGACUUUAGUCUCAACCGCUUCAGGACCUUUGUUAACCUUAUCAAUCUGCAACGCUGGGAGUCUCUGGGUGACGUCGUGAGGACCAGCUUGUCAUACAACAAGCGUGACAUGCCACUGGACGAGUUUGCCACAGUUCUGAAGCACGAGUUUGGGCCUACGCCAACCAGUACCAUCGAGAUUGUCACGCUAGUCGGCGGCGGGGAGUCCGGGGACAACGCUGACAGUCCACUGGUAGGCGCCCGACUCCGCGUUAGAACUGAAACGCUGGCAACAGACCCGGAGGCCCCAGAGGUCUUGUCCGAGUCGGCUGCCAGACCGGCACAGUCUGAGUAUUUCCGACACAUGUUCGUCCACUUUCAUGACGACAAGAUUGGUGCGGUCUAUGAUAUGUCAGAGAGAGGUCAGAAUCAAGGCGCAGGUCCCCAAACCAAGACAGUUUUGCCGCCACCAAGUCCAAGUCGGCCACCUCCAGCCCUAUCGUCAAUCGACAUGAGGCAGUUUUACGCCGACUACAUUGCCUGCAUCAACAGCGGCAACAUGGCACGGGAACUCCACCGAUUCUGCAGCCCGUCGGGGGUUGUGUGGAACGGUACGGGAUUCACGGUACAGCAGUACGGCGACAUGAUGCAAGAGAGCAUGGAUGCUAUAUCUGGCCUUCGCUUUGACAUACAUACUUUGCUGGUGGAUGAGAACAGGCAACAGCUGGCAGCACGGCUUGAGUUCACGGGAACUCCUGUUAGGCCUUACCAGGGCGGCAUCCCGAACGGACGGCCCGUGUUCUUUGCCGAGCAUGUCUUCUACUGGCUGGAGCAGGGCAGGAUAUCGGACGUGCUAUCGAUCGUGGACUGGGAAGACUACAGGUCACAGCUUGCUGGUUGA